AGUUUUCCCCAUGUAAAAUCACGCACCGACUUUGCCAAGGGAUGAAGCGAAUCCACCAAUGAAAAGGUGAGGGGGUCUGCUUCUGCUUUUUCUUGCCUUCUUCUCAAGGCGUGAUCUUUCUCGGCUGUUUUCCAUGAAUGAAGUAAUGACAGCCGCCGAUGCAUCAGCUAGCUUCCGAUCGGGGUCAUCUCCGCCGUCGAUUUUCCCCUCCAACGUUCCUCUCCUGUCUGCUUUGUUAUCCUUGGCUCUAGCUCAGUUCCUCAAGCCCUUCACUACCUGGUUCAAGGAGAAGAGAUGGGAUUCAAGAAGGAUGGCGGGUUCGGGUGGAAUGCCUUCAUCACAUUCAGCAACUGUGACUGCACUUGCAGUUGCUGUUGGUUUGCAAGAAGGAAUUAGUGGACCAACAUUUGCUGUUGCAUUGGUAUUGGCAUGUGUUGUCAUGUAUGAUGCUUCUGGUGUAAGACUUCAUGCUGGUCGUCAGGCUGAGUUACUGAAUCAGAUUGUUUGUGAGCUACCUCCUGAGCACCCUCUCUUCAAUGCUAGACCUCUUCGAGAUUCACUUGGUCAUACUCCACUUCAGGUUCUUGCGGGUGCUGUAUUGGGUUGUGUAGUAGCAUUCGUUGUGAGAAAUUCCAAUUGAGUGAAGGUGGAUUGUGAUGUCUGAUUUGCUAUAUUGUUCUGCUUGAACCCCGUUUUCACUGUUCAAGUGUAUUGGCAUUCUUUGUUUCCUGAACAUUUUCACUGGAGCUAGUAAACCAAAUUCCUUCAUUUUGCUUCAGUUAAUAGUCUUUUGAGGUAGAUACUUGUCAGCUUCUGGUCAAAGAUGAAAAUUAGAAUAAACUCAUAUCUCAGCU